UGUUUUCCUGCUGAAGCAGUCGUACUUGUUCCGUAGUUGUUAACAGUAUUUUCUUUGAGUUAUUGGAACCCGUGUGUUAUAUAGACCUACAAAAGCGGACUUUGUAAUGUUUGCUUUUUAUUAAAACUCGCUCUGAUAAAUAUUUGACAAGCUGCUGGUGUUAGCUUAUUAUGCUAGCUGAAAGGGAACCGAAGUGAGUCACAGCGACACUGUUAAUGAAUGUUUAUAAUGAAGUUUAAUGACAUUUUCUGUGGGAACUAUGAGUAAAGAUGCUGAGAGUGUUACAGAAAAAACAAAUUAUGGGGCAAGAACCGGACUGUCGAACAGGAAAGAAGCUUUUUUCUCCACUUGGAGAUGUCCAGCAGCUAUUUGUGGUCAAAGAGGAGCAGCAGGACAGGAGUCCCAGUCUGAACCAGGAGGACCAAAAGCUGCCACAGAUUAAAGAAGAACAGGAAGAGGCUGAUAUCACAGAGUGUAUGUUCAGCCCUGUCCAGGUGAAGGAGGAGGAUGACGCAGAGAUGCCUCAGUCUUCACGGCUCCUUCACAACAGGACUGGGGAAAACAACUACUUUAGGGGACCAGCUCUAGACCAGUGUUCAGACUCGGAUCCUGAAGAUAAAACUUCUUCAGAGACGGAUGUCAGUGACGGGAAAUGGGAGGAAAGAAGUGAACCUGCCUCAUGUUUAAACUCCGCAGAAACUAACAAAGGAUCUGAUACAAAACACAGCAGUGAGAAGAAGCUAUACAAAUGCACUGAAUGCAGUAAAACAUUCAAACGGAGACAGUAUCUGUUACAACACAUCAGAAUCCACACAGGAGAAAAACCUUUCAUCUGCUCUUUCUGUGAUGCAGCUUUUACAUGGAAACACGUCUUAGAGAACCACGUGAGAAUCCACACUGGCGAGAAACCGUUCAGUUGCUCCAUCUGCGGUCUGUGUUUCAAAUCCAAACAGACGCUUCAGUGUCACAAACCAUGUUACAGUGAAAAAAAGCCUUUUAGCUGCAACAUCUGUGAGGCAGUGUUUAGAUGGAGGUUUUCUUUAGUGAAGCACAUGAGAGUCCACUCGGGUGAAAAACCUUUCAGCUGCUCUGUUUGUGGUCGGAGCUUUAGACACAAGGAGAGUUUAAAUAGUCACAAAAGAUGUCACACUGGAGAAAAACCUUACAUGUGCUCUGACUGUAAAGCCACUUUUAAAUGGUGCACCAGUUUAAUGCGACACAAAAAAACCCACACAGGAGAAAAACCUUUCAGUUGUUCUGUCUGUGAUGCUGAUUUUGUAAACAAACGUGAGUUGGUCAAGCACACAAGACAACACAAGUGAUGGUAGAUACAGAUUUUGCAGCACAUGAAUCUAUUUUUUGGAUGUUCUGAUGAGCUGACUUCAUUACCUUUGAAGUUGUGAAAAGCUGAUGAUGGACUUUGGAGUUCCAUAUGUCUCUGGUUUUUGUGUUUUAUUAAAAAAAGCCUUACUUUGCAAA